CGCUCUUCCCCCAGUUUUCUCCAGCACAUCGUCGCAAACGGGGCCGGAAAGCGUGGCGGCGCAGGCGCAAGCGCAGAGAGCGGAGGCGGUGGUGGUGGCGGCCGCUGGCCAGUGUAAGAUGGCGGCGGCGGUGGUGGCGGCAGUGGACAGGGCGGCUGGGCGUGGAACAGUCGGAGCAGCCUCUGGCAGAAGGAUGACCCAAGACAGGAAGCGGGCUGCUGAGCCUCGCCGGCUCCCGUGCUUGUAACUGCCCCAGCCGGACACCCCCCCCCUUGACCUACCCGUCCUUCAGUGAAUCUACAGACCUAUUUUCUCAGGAGCUCAGCCUGGCCCUACUUCAGUGAUAAAGGAGGAAAGGCUGGCUGCAGUAAACAUCAUUCAAGAUGUCCAGCAAAGGGAGCAGCACAGAUGGCAAAACAGACUUAGCUAAUGGAAGCCUGUCUAGCAGUCCAGAGGAGAUGUCUGGUGCUGAGGAGGGGAGGGAGACAUCCUCAGGCAUUGAAGUGGAGGCCUCAGACCUGAGCUUGAGCUUGACCGGGGAUGAUGGUGGCCCCAACCGCACCAGCACAGAAAGUCGAGGCACAGAUACAGAGAGCUCAGGCGAAGACAAGGACUCUGACAGCAUGGAGGACACUGGCCAUUACUCCAUCAAUGAUGAAAACCAAGUCCAUGACCACUCAGAGGAAGAAGAGGAGGAAGAAGAGGAGGAGGAAGAGCAUCCUCGUCGUCGCGUACAGCGCAAGCGGGCCAACCGUGACCAGGACUCAUCAGAUGAUGAGCGAGCCCUGGAGGACUGGGUGUCCUCGGAGACCUCAGUCCUGCCCCGACCUCGCUGGCAAGCCCUUCCUGCCCUUCGGGAGCGGGAGCUGGGUUCAAGUGCCCGCUUUGUGUAUGAGGCUUGUGGGGCAAGAGUCUUUGUGCAGCGUUUCCGCCUGCAGCAUGGGCUUGAGGGCCAUACUGGUUGUGUUAAUACCCUGCACUUUAACCAGCGCGGCACCUGGCUGGCCAGUGGCAGCGAUGACCUGAAAGUGGUCGUUUGGGACUGGGUGCGGCGACAGCCAGUAUUGGACUUUGAGAGCGGCCACAAAAGCAAUGUCUUCCAGGCCAAGUUCCUUCCUAACAGUGGCGAUUCCACCCUGGCCAUGUGUGCCCGUGAUGGGCAGGUUCGGGUAGCAGAGUUGUCUGCUACACAGUGCUGCAAGAAUACAAAGCGUGUGGCCCAGCACAAGGGAGCAUCCCACAAGUUGGCCCUGGAACCAGACUCUCCCUGUACGUUCCUAUCUGCAGGUGAAGAUGCAGUUGUCUUCACCAUUGACCUCAGACAAGACCGGCCAGCUUCGAAACUGGUGGUGACAAAAGAAAAGGAGAAGAAGGUGGGGCUGUAUACAAUCUAUGUGAAUCCUGCCAAUACCCACCAGUUUGCAGUGGGCGGACGAGAUCAGUUUGUAAGGAUUUAUGACCAGAGGAAAAUUGAUGAGAAUGAAAACAAUGGAGUACUCAAGAAAUUCUGCCCUCAUCACCUGGUGAACAGUGAGUCCAAAGCAAACAUCACCUGUCUUGUGUACAGCCACGACGGCACAGAGCUCCUGGCCAGUUACAAUGAUGAAGACAUUUACCUCUUCAACUCCUCUCACAGUGAUGGGGCCCAGUAUAUUAAGAGAUAUAAGGGCCACAGAAAUAACGCCACAGUAAAAGGCGUCAAUUUCUAUGGCCCCAAGAGUGAGUUUGUGGUGAGCGGUAGUGACUGCGGGCACAUCUUCCUCUGGGAGAAAUCAUCCUGCCAGAUCAUUCAGUUCAUGGAGGGGGACAAGGGAGGCGUGGUAAACUGUCUUGAGCCCCACCCUCACCUGCCUGUGCUGGCAACCAGUGGCCUAGACCAUGAUGUCAAGAUCUGGGCACCCACAGCUGAAACUUCCACUGAACUUACAGGGUUAAAGGAUGUGAUUAAGAAGAACAAGCGGGAACGGGAUGAAGAUAGCUUACACCACACUGACCUAUUUGAUAGCCACAUGCUCUGGUUCCUCAUGCAUCACCUGAGACAAAGACGCCAUCACCGGCGCUGGCGAGAACCUGGGGUUGGGGCCACAGACGCAGACUCGGAUGAGUCUCCCAGCUCCUCAGAUACAUCGGACGAGGAGGAGGGCCCUGACCGGGUGCAGUGCAUGCCAUCCUGAGGCCUCGUACCCAGGAGGGGCAGGCUGGGGCUGCCAACCCGAUCCUGCCUGGGCAGCCCUUUCCUGUCCCAGGCUCUAACAUUCAGCAGAAACGCACUUUGGACUUUUUGCUUUAGAUUUAAAAAAAAAAAAAAAAAAAAAAAAAAGAAAAAAAAAAGACAUCCCAGGAGGACAAGCCAGAGGGGAGCAAACCUACAGAGUAUCUAGAAGUGGGAAUUGAGCCCUGGAAUGGGGUUCCAUGGAGAGGUGCAUAGGACUCGGCAGAAAUGGCCUCUCCCCAAAGCCUUUUUUUGGGGGGCGGGGGGAGCCUAUUUUGUUAACUGGUUUGGGGUAGGGAACGGGGUUUCCUUUUCUUUGAUCUCCCUUGUUUCUUGGGU